AACCACAUCCAUCUUCACUACGACACCAUUUUGACAGCUCCUAUGACAAAGCAAGAAAUUCACACAAAAAAGCCAACUUUUCUGCAAAAAAUUUAAAGAAAUUUAUUUUUCAUUAAAAUUAAUUAUUUAAAUAAUUUCUAAAUAAUGCCGGACUACUUGGGAAGCGAUCAACGUAAAGUCAAAACAGGUGAGGAAAAAGAAGAAAAAGAAAUUAAAUCACUCGAUGAAGGUGAUAUUGCUUUGCUAAAAACCUACGGCCAAAGUCAGUAUCACAAAGCAAUCAAAUCUAUCGAAGAAGACAUUCACAAAGCUAUCAAGCAGGUCAAUGAAUUGACUGGAAUAAAAGAAAGUGAUACUGGAUUAGCUCCACCAGCUUUAUGGGAUUUGGCAGCUGAUAAGCAAACUUUACAAAAUGAACAACCUUUGCAAGUUGCUCGUUGCACUAAAAUCAUCAAUGCCGAUUCUGAUGAUCCCAAGUAUAUUAUCAAUGUUAAGCAAUUUGCCAAGUUUGUAGUCGAUUUGGCUGAUUCUGUUGCACCCACAGAUAUCGAGGAGGGAAUGCGUGUUGGCGUUGAUCGCAACAAGUAUCAAAUCCACAUUCCACUUCCUCCCAAAAUCGAUCCCACUGUCACGAUGAUGCAAGUCGAAGAUAAACCUGAUGUCACUUAUAGUGACGUUGGUGGAUGUAAGGAACAAAUUGAGAAACUCAGAGAAGUUGUUGAAACUCCAUUGUUGCAUCCAGAAAAGUUUGUUAAUCUGGGUAUUGAACCACCAAAGGGUGUUUUACUGUUCGGACCUCCUGGAACAGGAAAAACUCUUUGUGCUCGGGCGGUGGCCAAUCGUACUGAUGCUUGCUUCAUCCGUGUCAUCGGAUCGGAGUUGGUGCAAAAGUAUGUGGGUGAGGGAGCUCGAAUGGUUCGAGAACUCUUCGAAAUGGCCAGGUCCAAGAAAGCCUGUUUGAUCUUCUUUGAUGAAAUUGAUGCUAUUGGUGGAGCUCGUUUCGAUGAUGGAGCUGGUGGGGAUAAUGAGGUCCAAAGAACCAUGUUGGAACUGAUUAACCAACUUGAUGGUUUCGAUCCAAGAGGAAAUAUUAAAGUUCUAAUGGCUACCAACAGGCCAGAUACUCUUGACCCGGCUCUUAUGCGUCCUGGUCGUUUGGAUAGAAAAGUUGAAUUUGGUUUGCCAGAUCUUGAAGGUCGCACUCAUAUAUUUAGGAUUCAUGCACGCUCUAUGUCGGUCGAAAGAGAUAUUCGUUUUGAAUUGUUGGCUAGAUUGUGUCCUAAUUCAACUGGAGCUGAAAUUCGAUCUGUUUGCACUGAAGCUGGUAUGUUUGCUAUUCGAGCUCGUCGUAAAGUAGCUACAGAGAAGGAUUUCUUGGAAGCUGUUAAUAAGGUUAUUAAGAGCUAUGCUAAGUUUAGUGCCACACCACGGUACAUGACUUAUAACUAAAAAGUAGUAUUUUCUGAGUUUUCUCUUUUUUUUU